GAAUCUCUUUGAUGUCACUCCCGCGAUUUGGUUCUAAUGGGACUGUUCAAAGUGGACUUGGCCCGACCUGAAUCCCUCGCAAGGCUGAUACAGUUGUUGAAGCCAUGUGCCCCCUUCUGUCUCCCGAUUCUAGGCACCGUGUUUCAUUCGUGGCCAUGUCGUUCAUCUGCCGAUGCUGAGACACUCACGAGGUUACAUCUAUGGCUAUCUUUUGAACUCGAUUCUCCCGAAGUACCUGCCUUAUUUUCUGCUAUAGUACUUUCCCCCGUGGACAACAACCAAGCACGAUACUUCUGCUCCGUGGAUGCUACGCCGGAGAAGCCCACGCCAGACGAGAAGAAUCACGUCUCUGAAUUCAUCGAAGCUUUCCUACGAGCCGUUGAUGCUGAACUUGGGCUAUCAUCGUCGAUCAACAUGAUAGUGGGCAGCGAUCCGCCUACUAGGACGGGCAUUCUCGUUGGAUCCAUACACGACAAAUGGGUGGAUACACUGAGUCUUAUCGCCUUGGGCAACGGAGGAUGCACGAAGUACCUGUUACCUCCGUUGACGUCGCGGUCUUCUCCGCCUGCCACGGAUGAUCGACGUCUCCCUGAAGAUCUUACCAUUUCGCAACUCGAACCCUCCGACAUCCCGAUUCUGAAAUCCGCAUCCGCUAUUCCGCAUGCGGAUGAGUACUACACGUCUCGCUGUGACAUGUCGGUGUGCAUCCGGACCAACAUAGAGGGAUCUCCCAGUCUCCCCGUCGCCUGGGCGUUUCCUCAUGCGGACGGAUCUAUCGGGGGUUUAUAUGUCCAACCACAGUUUAGAGCGAAAGGACUCGCACAACAAGUGAUAGAAGCGGCCGUGGACAGGCUGCGUAUGGGUGAACGGGAAGAGGAACACGGAGGUGCUUUAGGAUGGAAUUGGGUCGAUGUCAUGGAAAACAACGCUAGCGGUGAGCGCCUCUUCGAAAGGAUGGCCGGAGCAGGCUGGAAGGCGGGAUGGAAGUGCAAUUGGAUGAUGCUGAAAUUUCCAUGAAGUUUGCAAUCUAAGCAUGUUUUAGGCCUGAUACCAUUAACGAUAUCAUGUUUAGGUAUACUUCAGAUAGGUUUUGGAUAGUCUAGUUUUACUGCAUCACCUACCGGGAGCACAUUAUGCUGGAAUGCUAAGCCAGCCAUUGGUGCGGGCGGAAUACUCCGUAGUCGCCAGGGAAUCGUAAUUUCUGCUGUAGAUCAAACCCGA